AUGCAGAUCGGAAAUGCGUGCGGAACGAUAGGUCUGCUGCACGCCAUCAGCAAUACGCAAGCGGUCCAAGCUAUCAGCACCGACUCUCCUCUUCACAAACUCUUGCAAUCCGCUCGACCCCUCUCUCCUCACGCCCGCGCCGAGCUGCUUCAAUCCUCUCGCGAACUAGCCACCGCGCACUCUGCAGCAGCUUCGUCCGGUCAAUCCGCAGCUCCCGCCAUCGAAGAUGCCGUGGAUCUGCACUUUGUCGCUUUUGUGAGGGAUGCGGGUGGGGAAUUGGCAGAGUUUGAUGGGAGGAGAAAAGGAGUGGUUAGGAGAGGUGUAGGGGUGGAAAAGCAGCAAGAUUUGCUCCAACAGGCUGCCCAUUGGAUCAAGGAGAAUUAUGUGAGCAAGAUGCGAGGCAGCGGGCCUCGUCCGAUGCCCGUCUUUUCUUUUCUUUUCCGCAUCGACAUUUGCGCGUCGAGUGUUUUUGGGAUGCUCAUCUCGUUUCCCCCUUUCAACCCCACGCGCACUUUUCUUGAGCAGAUGACGCUGAGUCCAGACUCGCUCAACUUCAACCUCAUCGCUUUAGGCCCUGCAGCCUGA